AGCAGACAAGGCAUUAGAACCGAGCUCGCCCCCCGAUGGAAUAAUGCUGCUCCAUUUGUACAUUUUCGACAGAAACCUGGUUUGAUACAGACGUUUAUUGCGGUAACGGGAUUUGGUGUAUUAAUCUGUUGUUGGAUAACGAUGGGAAUCGAAAUACAAACUAGAAGAAGGGUCUGGUCCUGGUUUGCUUUUCAUUUGGCUUUACUGUCAUUUCUCGGAAAUCGGGCUUUGGGAGAAAUACGAUACACAAUUCCAGAGGAGGUGACAGAUGGAACUAUUGUUGGAAAUGUUGCGAAGGAUCUUGGCCUUGACAUCACCUCCUUGGCUGACCGACGGUUACGUGUUGUAUCGGAAUCAAAGGACACAUUUUUUGAGGUAAACCAACACAGUGGGGCUCUCUUUGUCCAGAGGAAAAUCGACAGAGAGGAGCUUUGUCAGGGCAGCGGUGCUUGCCUGAUGGAGCUAAAAGUCAUAGUCGAAAAUCCUUUAGAAAUACACUACGUUGUUGUCGAGAUUACUGAUGUAAAUGAUCACCGUCCUAUUUUUCCCGAAAAAGAGCAGAGAUUUGAAAUAGGUGAACAAACAUUACCAGGAAGGCGAUUUCAACUGCACACUGCUCGUGAUCCCGAUGCUGGACUUAACUCUAUUGGUACAUACACUUUGACGUCAAAUGAACAUUUUGAGAUAGAUAUUCGUCAAAGCGACGAGGACAAAAUACCAUUUUUAGUGUUGAAGAAGUCAUUAGACAGAGAAAAAAAGGACAAAUACAUCCUCCUAGUUACAGCAGUUGAUGGAGGUAAACCCCAAAGAUCAGGGACACUAAAUGUUUCUGUUAUUGUUCUUGAUAGUAACGAUAAUCGUCCAGUGUUCAGUCAGGAGAUUUAUCAAAUUUCAAUACAAGAAAAUGUUCCAGUUGGUACUUCAAUAUUUAGAAUGAAUGCGACUGAUCCUGAUGAAGGCAGUAAUGGGGAAAUUGAAUACAGCCUUGGAAAAACUCUGAAGAAGAAAGUCUAUGACAUUUUUGAAUUAGACAAAUUAAGUGGAGAGAUUAGACUAAAAGGAGUUGUAGACUAUGAAGAAAACGAUGUUUAUAAACUCGAUGUUGAGGCAUCAGAUAAAGGUACACCUCCACUGACAGGUGAGUGUAGGGUCAUUAUAAAAAUCAUUGACGUAAACGACAACCCACCAGAAAUAGAAGUCACAUCACUGUCUAAUACAGUGUCUGAAGACUCAAAACCUGGCACAAUGAUUUCACUCAUAAGUAUGAGGGAUAAAGAUUCAGGUGUAAAUGGGAAAAUAAUAUCAAGCAUAACCUCAGACGUGCCAUUUGAGUUAAAGCCCUCGUAUAAGGAGAACAUAUAUUCAAUUGUCACAAAGGCUCUCUUGGAUCGAGAGGAGGUGUCGCAUUAUGAAAUAACAAUAAAAGCAACUGAUUGUGGUGAACCUCCAUUAUCUACUAUUAAAACUCUAAAUAUUCAGAUAUCAGAUGUAAAUGACAACAUUCCACAUUUCAAACAAAAUCCAUUACAGUUCUAUCUCGUAGAAAAUAACGAAGCUGGAAAAUCAAUAUUCUCUGUGAGUGCAACGGACAAAGAUUUGAAUGACAACGCAGCUAUUUCAUAUCAUAUUGUGAGAGACGGGCGUCAAAAUGAUAUGACGUCUUUCCUAAAUGUAAAUUCUGAUAACGGUCACAUUUCCGCUCUGAAAAGUUUUGACUUUGAAACUCUGAAAACGUUCCAGUUCCAAGUUGUUGCCACAGAUUCUGGAACUCCGUCACUAAGCAGCAACGUCACAGUGAACGUGUUCAUUCUGGAUCAGAACGACAACGCUCCAGUCAUCCUGUAUCCAGUCAGCUCGAACGGUUCUGCUGAAGGUGUGGAGGAGAUUCCCCGCAAUGUGAACGCAGGACACUUGGUGACUAAAGUCAGAGCCUAUGACGCUGAUAUAGGAUAUAACGGCUGGUUACUGUUUUCACUGCAGGAAGUUACUGACCACAGUCUCUUUGCUUUGGACCGCUAUACAGGACAGAUCAGAACACUUCGCUCAUUCACAGAGACAGACGAGGCUGAGCAUAAACUGGUCAUACUGGUCAAAGACAAUGGGAACGUCUCACUCUCAGCAACAGCUAGUGUGAUUGUCAAAGUUGUGGAGCCCAAAGAGGCUUUUGCUGCUUCUGAUGUUAAAAGUGCAACUAAAGUUGACGAGGAGGACAAUGUGACCUUUUAUCUGAUGAUAUCUCUGGGAUCAGUUUCAGUGCUUUUCCUCGUCAGUAUCAUCGUGCUGAUUGCAAUGCAGUGUUCAAAAUCCACAGACUAUACUUCUAAGUAUCUACAAGAGCCUAAUUAUGACGGGACACUGUGUCACAGCAUCCAGUACAGAUCCGGAGACAAACGUUACAUGUUAGUUGGACCCAGAAUGAGUAUAGGAUCUACUAUAGUUCCUGGCAGCCAUGCGAAUACUCUAGUGCUCCCUGACAGAAGGACAUCUGGAGAGGUAAGACUUUAA